AUCACCAUUUUUAUUCCUAAUGUUUUUCCUCUCGUUCUUGAACUCUUUCUCAAUUUCAAUGUCGUUCCUUCAUUUCCCUCCAUGGCUUCAUCUCAUCAUCUUCCUCUCUUCACUUUUCAUCAUUCUAAAAUGGAAAGCAGCUGCAAAUAAAAGAAAGUGUAAUUUUCCCCCAAGUCCACCGAAAAUUCCAAUCAUUGGAAACUUGCAUCAACUCGGGAAGCUCCCACACAAAUCUCUAUGGCGCCUCUCUCAGCUUUACGGUCCUAUUAUGAGCCUCAGCUUAGGCCGUAUAGAAAUCAUCAUCAUAUCAUCUGUCGAGACUGCUCGUGCCCUCUUAAAAAUCCACGAUCUUCAAAGUUGCAACAGACCACAAACACAUGCUAUCAAAAAAUUCUCUUACAAUUUCCUCGACAUUGCGUUUUCACCUUAUAGCGAUUAUUGGCGAGAGAUACGCAAAAUUUGUAUGCUUGAGUUUUUCAGUAUGAAGAGGGUGUUAUCUUACAAACCCAUUAGAGAGCAAGAAGUUGGUUUAUUUAUUGAAUCAAUUUCACAAUCAGCUUCUUGUGGAGCUGUCGUUGAUCUUAGUGAGAAGUCAAUUGCUCUCACUGCUGGUGUUAUAUUUAGAAUUGCAUUUGGAAAGCAGUUUGAAGGGGAUGGAUUUCAUGAGCUUAUAAGUGAAGUUGAGGCCCUGUUGGGAAGCUAUAGUGCUUCUGAGUUUUUUCCAGUUCCUUUCGUGGGAGAGGUAUUUGAUUGGUUUAGUGGUCGAGAAACUAGACUUGAAAGGGUUUUUAACGAGAUGAAUGGUUUGUUUCAAGAGGUGAUUGAUGAACAUCUUUGUCCUCAGAGGCCUAAGCCAGAGCAAGAUGAUAUCAUUGAUGUGCUUUUGGCUAUUAGUAAAAACCAAGUUGAACCUUGCUCGGUUGUCAUUACCCAUGAAAACAUCAAAGCCAUUCUUUUGAACUUAUUUUUAGCAGGAAUAGAGACAAGUUCAAUUAUAUUAGUAUGGGCAAUGGCAGAACUUACAAGGAACUCAACAUUGAUAAAGAAAGUUCAUGAAGAAAUCAGAAAUCAGGUGGGAAAUAGAGGAAAGGUAACAGAGAUUGACAUAGAAGAGCUUCCAUAUCUGAAAAUGAUAAUGCAAGAGACACUGAGACUACAUCCACUAGCACCUCUUCUUGUUCCAAGAAAAACCAUUUCCAAUUUCAAAAUUGAAGGCUACGAUUUUUACCCAAAAACGACUGUUCAAGUGAAAGUUUGGGCAAUUGGGCGAGACCCCACAUGUUGGAAAGACCCAGAAGAGUUUCUUCAAGAGAGAUUUUGCAGAGAGCUCCAUUGAUUACAAAGGACUACAUUUUGAGUUCUUGCAAUUUGGGGGUGGUUGGAGGAUAUGCUCGGGGUUGAACAUGGGAGGUGAAAACUGUGGAUUUGGCUUUUGCAAAUCUCUUGUACCAUUUUGAUUGGAAGUUGCGGGAGGGGAUGAAGGAGGAGGACUUGGACAUGGAAGAGAAAUUAGGUUUGAGUCUCACCGUCCACAAAAGUUGCCUCUCGAACUAGUACCAAUGUUAUACCAUCCAUGAGUAUUAAACUUGAAGUGGAGUCCUCUAAUUGUAAAGUAUAAGACUUGCCUUAUGUAUGACGACACGUGACCAGUGACCCUUGCAUGUGUCAUUUAUGCUUAUAUACUAUGAUGAUGAUUAUGUGAGCUAGUAUGAUGUGAUGUUAUAUUAUGAUAUGAUGACAUGAUGACGAUGGAGUGUGAUGAUGAUAUUACUCAAUAUGAUGAUAUUUCAUAUUAAGAUGAUAUGUAUAUACGAGAUGACAUGCUGCAUUAUGAUGAAGAGUUUUCCGAGACACAACACUACACG